ACAGCAGGUCACGCCACGGGAAAUCCAUCAGCCCCACCUGACCCCUCAACAUCACAGAUUCUGGCCAUAUAACCUAAGUCUGCCCUGCAGCAACUUUAACAAGUGCCUUAAAGUGACGGCGUCCUCGGUGUACAGCACAGAGCAGCAGCAGGAAGGUGUCGGUGCAAAGCUUUGUAAUCCUGAGCAGCACAAACAUGGCCGGCACCAAAGCUCGAGAUGCAGUGAGAGAUGGGUUCCCACACCUGAGGAUUGUGCUUGUUGGGAAAACUGGAGUGGGGAAGAGUGCAUCAGGAAACACCAUCUUAGGAAGAAAAGCCUUUGAGUCUAUAACUUCUUUUUCUUCAUCAGUAGUUGGGUGUCGCAAAGUAACAGGGCAGGUGGAUGGUCACAUCCUGGAUGUAGUUGACACUCCGGGUCUGUUUGACACCCUACUGACUCAGGAGCAUGUAAAGACGGAGAUCGUUAAAUGCGUCUCCUUUGUUGCUCCCGGUCCUCACGUGUUCCUGGUUGUGAUCCAGAUCGGCAGGUUUACAAAAGCAGAAGAAGAAACGAUAAAAAUCCUUCAGAAGAUAUUUGGGGUGGAUGCAGCCUGUUACACCAUAGUCUUGUUCACGUAUGGAGACAAUCUGCCAAACGGAAUCGACAUCGACAAAUCAAUCAGUGGAAAUCGGCCUCUGCAUCGCUUCAUCAAUCAGUGCGGAGGAAGAUAUCAUGUUUUUAACAACAGGAGUGAGGAUCGCUCUCAGGUCAAAGAGCUGCUGGAGAAGAUCAACACCAUGACUCAGAGAAAUGGAGCAACAUACUACACCAAUGACAUGCUGCAGGAAGCUGAGAGAGCCAUCAGAGAAGAGAUGGAACGACUUAUGAAAGAAAAUCCAGACAUGGGAGAAGAAGAAGCGAGAAGACGGGCAGAGACGAAGAACAAGAUCCUGAGGGCUGCUGGGAUAGGAGCGGGCCUCGGGAGCAUUUUAGGGCCACUGGGAGCAGCACUGGGAGCAGCAGUGGGAGCAGCAGUCGUAGCAGCAAAGGAGAAAAAAUGUGCCACACAAUAAAAUAAAGAACGUUUGAUCACAUUUUGAUAAUUAUUGGUCAUUAAUGGCGCACACAAGAACUGUUAGUCCACGGUAAUUUAUCAUAUUGUGUAAUACGUCAUCUAAGAGCUGUAUAACAUGAGCCCGUAUACACACAGAUCUCCUGAACAUCUUUGGUUCCUGGGUAACGAGCUUUUUCCUCCAUUGCUUAAAUAAAACAUUUUCCUGAAUUUUCUAUAUUUAACACAAACCUUUGAUCCAUCUGACUCAUGCUGGCCCAGGUCUCAGGGACAGAGUCUGGUCUGUACAGAGACUGCCACACCUCUCUAUCCCACCUACAUCCUCCUGAUGGUCUGGAGGAAAAGCUGCAGCAUCCCCAAGCUAGCUGAGAUGGACUUCCAUGACCUCCUCCCAGUCGGACAUGCCCAGACCUUAGAGAGCAGGUUGGAUUAGCAGCAGCUUUGCUCAGGACGAGCUCGGAGGUUCUGACAUGGUCUCCAGUCACAAACUGAUUAAAAAUAAAAUACUGUUCACAAAUGCAAAGUUUGAAAACAACAUUUUCUUUAACUUUAAAGUAUAAUAAAUAUUUACACUUAAAUGAUGCAAAUAUCAAUAAAUGUUGGUAUAUGAUGUGUUCAGGUGUUUAAAAAUAAUGUUAUCAUCUGUAUUGCUGUGAUUACUUCAUAAACACACUCUGUGCAGUGAACCUGUGAGACAGGGUUUUCCUCCUUCCUGAUUUUAUUUUUCAUAUUUAGAAGACAAGCAUUUUUCAGACCGUCAAACAAACUAUCAGCACUGUUUCCUCCAUGUGUGGAUAACUGUGGUUCUCACUGUGGUUCUCUGGAGUGCCACAGCCUGAGGAACAUUCCUGUAACCUCGACCUGGCCUGUGCUUCAGCAGGUGUGGCAGUAAUCGGGCGUGGGUGUAGCAGAGAAACUGAACUCUUCAGAAAAUGUCAUAUUUUUCACUGUAGUUUCUUAGUCUUCCCUGAGAACUUGAAAGAAGAAUCAGCAGCACAUUCUCACACAGGGCCAGGUACGUUUGGAUUACCUUUCCCUUUAA